GGCAACACUGGUGCUCAUUAAAAACGGAAAAAUAAACGGAACAUUCCAUUUAAUUCAUAAAAACUAUAUUUUAAAAUGUUUAUUGUGGCUGUAACUGGUGGCAUUGCUACGGGUAAAAGUACCGUAACCAAGGUAUUUGAGCAACAUGGUAUACCCGUUGUUGACGCAGACAAAAUUGCUAGAGAGAUUGUUGAACCAGGUGAGCCGUGCUGGAAAAAAAUUCGUGAAGUAUUCGGCGAUGAAGUACUACUGCCCACCAAAGAUCUGAACCGAGCUGUGCUUGGACGACUAAUCUUUGAGGACAAGGAGCUGCGAGGCAAGCUUAAUCAGAUAACACAUCCUGCCAUACAUCGUAAAAUAUAUAUAACGGUAUUUAAGCUCUUCAUGGCUGGCCACAAAUGGAUUGUGCUUGACUUGCCCUUACUCUUUGAAACGGAAAUCUUGAUGGACUUUAUGCACAAAAUUAUAACUGUAUCUUGUGAUUCUAAUAAACAAUUGGAGCGACUACUUGCACGCAAUGAGUUGUCUGAAGCAGAGGCACGUAAGCGCGUGGAAUCUCAAAUGCCGCUGGAGAAAAAAUGCGAGAAAUCUCAUUUUGUUGUAGACAAUAAUGGGACCGUGGAGCAGACUGAGGCUGCGGUCAAUUUAAUUUACAAUAUGAUGCAGGAGAGCAAUCAACAUUGGUACAAUCGCAUGUUUAUACUGGGCGUUAUAUUAGUCGCUGGCUUUAUCUUUUACUUCAUAAACUAUGUUUUUGAUGUCAAGUCCUUAUCAUGGCGUCAAUAAGAAAGCAAGAGCUUAUACCAAAUAUACACUACAAAGUGUACUUUAGGCCACAUUUUGAGUAUUUAAUAAAAGGCUUUAUUUUAGUUUAAUGACG